AUGGCCAGCGCCAGGGGAGCCUGGGACCAGAAGCAGGAGCUGCCGCCGAGCCAGGAGAUGGAGUUGGAGCCCCCCAGGCCCCCACCAGUGCCAGGGAAAACUCAGAGGGCCGUGGUGCAGGCGCAGGGCAACAUGCGUGCCUGCUGCAGCAGCCUGGACCUGGGUGCCCCCGGACCACCCGCCCCCACGCUGGACAUCCCAGGGGGCCACCCACCUCGACUGACCGACUCAGCCCUCAUCUACAGCAACCCCUCCUGUGUCUGUUCCUCCCUGGGAGAGCUGCGGGUUCACCUCGUCCCCUGCAAAGCUAGCCGAGGAGAAGGAGCUGGGAGACCCCCCUCUCAGUCUGCCCGGGACCCCCUGCCUCCCCCACUGCCGAAAAAACAGCUCCAGCAAGCGGAGUCCCUCCCAGAACAGGGGCUAUCCCAGCACUGUCAGGGUGACCCUGCACCAUGGGCUGGCAGCAUCCUCUACAGCACCCCACCACCCCAUCCACAGCACGAGGAGGGGGUUCCCAGCUCUGUCCCACCAUGGGACAGACCCUCCUGGGGACCCAAGAAGCACCUGACUGAAUCUCAAAGCCUGGGGGAACCAGUGGCCCGGAGCAGCCCACAGAAAGUCCCAUCACCCAGCCAAGCAGAGCUGACAUUUGGGACGGCGGACAGGGAGCUGGGGCAGCUCCUGCAGCCCCUCAAGAGCCCAGCUGGGGUGUACAGGGUGGUGUUGGGGUGCCAGGCGGCUGCCCUGGCCCGGCUCUCAGCUUGCAUCCAGGAGGAGCUUGUGGGGUUGGAGGAGCGGCAGCAGCUGCUGGAGGCAGAGCUGGCGGGGAAGAACUGGGCAGCCCUCAGCAUCCUGGACCGGGAGCUGUGCUGUGAAAACGGGGACGCUUGGUAUUUCCGGGUGGGCUUCACUUUUGAGCAAACCCAGCUGGUGUUUGCAGCCAAGGUCCCCAAGCUGAGCUGUGCCAGCCUGGGGGUGCAGAGCUCCCUCAGGGCACAGUGCAGCAUUCAGCGCUUGAUCGGCUGCUUCACCAACCACCUCCCUUGGGAGCUGGUGCUCCCAGGAAGCCCUGGGGAGCAGAGUCAGACCCCUUCUGGAGAGGAGCCAGCCUGUCUUGCCACCCGCCCUGUCCUGCAGGUCCUUAUUUCUCCUGAGGUUCCAUACCAGACCCUGGCAGGCUUUGUGAAGGGAUUCCACAGUUUGCACAGGACCAGCCCUGGGCAUUACAAAUGCCUGGCUUGCCUCCUCCUCCUGCAGGUGUGCACAGGGCUGGAGCACCUCCGGGUGCAGAAGGUGUGCCAGGACCUCUGCCCCAAGAACCUGCUGCUGGUGUGGUGCCCGUGUCCUCCCCGGAGCCAGCAAGGCAAGGAGGCAUCCCUGUCCCUUCCAAGGCUGCUCACCAGCCACUUCUUCAAAGUUAAAGACAAAAAAAGACCUUGUUCUACCAGCCAAGAGCAGGACUGGACUAAGGGGCUUGCUGCAUCGCUCUCCCCGGUGGCAGAUGAGCUGAAUGUAGGCAUGCUGAUCUAUCAGGUCUUGUAUGUCGAUAUCUCUCUGGAAAAUGCCUUGGGGUUCAGAAGCAACAGACUUCCUGAAAUCCCCUCCCUGUCCAUCUAUUCCACAGGACUCAAGCAUCUGGCCAUGUUGCUUCUCCAUAGAGAUCCCUGCAAGAGGGUCUCCAUCGAGCAGGCAAAGAGCAUCCUGCAGGUCCUGCUCUGGGGGCCUCGCCAGGAGCAAGAUGACCCUCACCCUGCUCCAGAGCUGGGUGGAGGUGAAGAGGGCUCUGCUGCUCCUGAAGUUUGCAGAGAAUUCGGCUGGGGCAGGGGCAGGCCUCGGCCUUGAGGAGUGGCUGUGCUGC